AUGGACAAUAACGCGAGCCCGUCUCCGGAUCCUGAUGCGACAACGCGUCGCCGAUCGGGACGCGUCGUGAGGGCACCCACCAAAUUUACUCCUGAUACCACAACUCAAUCGACAAACCCAAAGCGCAAGCGAGGCGAUCAGGAUGACGAGGAAGAGGACGAAGAGGAAGAUGCGGAAGAUGAAGCGCCCGACUCAGACGAGGAGAUGAGCAACGAACCCGACAAUGACAGUGAUGAAGACCAUCCUGCACCGCGCUCUCGAAAGAAGUCGUCGCAAACAAGUCGCGCAAAGAAACCUUCAGCCAAGAAGCCCAAGAUCAAUGGUUCCAAGCCGUUGCGGCCUGCGCGAGUGACCCAUGCCGCCAAAAGUCUCCCGAGCAGACCUAAGAAGAGUGUUCGCAUUGAAGACGCUGCUGUGAAAGGGCAUGGACUCUACUCCCAUCUAUUCGGAUCGGGUGAUUCUAGCAAAUCGGUGGCAGAAGAAUGGCUGGCUAGCUACAAGACAAACGCAGUAGCAGCCACUGCUGAUUUGGUGAACUGCAUCCUUCAAUGCGCUGGCUGUGAUCAGCUCAUCACAGAAGACGACGUUUUAGACCUGGACAACGUUGCAGGACGAUUGGCAGAUCUUCAGAGCGUUUACCAAGAGGUAUUGCAAUUCUCAAUCGUGCCUCUAGCCAUGCACGUUUUGCUGACAUUAUUACAGCAACAAAUUACCGACUAUCCUCUCAUCUCCAGAACCAAACAUUCACGAUCCUUCCGAGACGUACUCAUUUCCUUCUUCGAAUGCCUUAUCGUUGAUAUGCACCAAGGUCGUCUGAUGUACAGAGACGAAACAUUUCUUGACAAUCUGCAUACAUGGCUUGCUAGCAUGUCCUCAUCAUCACUCCGACCCUUCCGCCAUACCGCAACCACUAUAUCUUUGGCAGUCCAGAGUGCGCUGGUCACAGUAGCUAACGAUCUGGACUACAGACUCAAGAAGACCACUGAAAAGCGUGACAGGGAACAGACCAACAAAGAUCGCAAAGCUUGCGCUGAUGCCAUUCAGUCAUUUUUCGACACUGUUUUUGUGCAUCGUUACCGAGAUGUCGACCCCAAGAUUCGAACUGAGUGUGUGGAAGCACUUGGGAACUGGAUCAUUUCCCUGCCUGUCAUCUUCCUUGAGCCGGGCUACCUCCGUUAUCUUGGCUGGAUGCUGUCAGAUACCAAUGCUCCCACUCGCCUCGAGGUCUUAAAGCAGCUUACCAAAGUCUUUCGGAGAGACGCAGGGCAGCUGGGCCAUUUUAUUGACAGAUUUCGCCCGCGAUUGGUUGAAAUGGCCUGCAAAGAUUCCGAUGUCGCUGUUCGCGUCGCAGCAAUUGGCGUUAUUGACGUCCUCCGCGACCAAGAUCUCUUAGAAGGCGAAGAGGUGGACGCCAUUGGGAAGCUCAUAUUUGACAAUGAACUCAGAAUUCGAAAGGCGUGCCUUGCCGAAACCCUUGCCAUCUAUGACAAUCAGAUCGAGGAGGAGCACCAAAGUGGUCAGAUAUUGGGAUUGGAUGUUGCGGUUGAUCUUUUGGAGUCUACUGUUCCAGAGACCAGGAUCUCGCUGGCGGCCCAAGUACUGUUCGACAAGGUCAAUGCGAUCAAGCAGUGGACACUCUUGGCAGGAUAUUUGCUCUUUGAUCACACAACGAGUUCAAAAUCGCGGUCCAAGGCAAACAACCCAGAUCUUGCAUUCAAGAAGGCCGUCGCACCUACCACCGAGGAAGAAUCGAUACUACUGGAUGUGUUGAGCUCAGCAGUAAAAUCCAGCCUGACACAUGCGCCUGAACACGACAGAUCAAGAAAGAAGCCACAGACAGGCAAAGAAGCCGAGGAUGUACGAAUAAGCCCCGAAGAUACAGCAGCCGAGCUGGUUAUUGUAAUCCCUCCUCUUCUAAGCAAGUUUGGAGCAGAGCCAGACACAGCUGCGAUUGUUCUUCGCCUGGCGCAUUUUCUCGAUCUUGAACUCUUCAAGCCACUUCGUCAAAACACAAACAGAUACGAAAAGCUGCUCGACGAAAUCGUCACGCAGUUUAACCGGCAUGACGAUAAGAGAGUUUUGUCAGAAGCAACUGCGGCGUUAUUGCACUCGCGACAGCAUGGAGAGUUGGAGGAAAUCACAGACAAUAAAUUGUCAUACUUGUGGGAAACUGUCAUUACUUCUCUACACAACUUUGACAAAACCUAUGAGCUUUCGUCGAGAGGUAAUCUAGGCGAGGCACCUCUCAGGGAAUUGUCAACAGUUCUUCUCAAAAUCAGCAAGCUGGCGAGCAUUUCAGACUGUGUCGAUGUCUUGGAGGCUGACGAAGACUCGUCCGAAUCAACAACAAACCCUCCCAUUCAAAUACUAGCCAACAUUGUUCAUCGCGGCAAGUACGAGCCUCUCGAUGACCAAGACAUUGACGAUCUCGAGGAUGAGGUGGUCUCAUUUGCGAUCAAGACCUGCCAAUUUUACUUUAUGUGGAAGACGCUGGCUUAUUCCAAACUCCUGUCAACGACUGGGAGCAUCGCAGACGAUGAGCUUGAUCGACUAUCGGUACUUCGCCAAACUUUCCGCCGGCAUCUUAUUGAAACUCUGUCGUCACGCGCCGCCAUUGACCAGCUGAGAUUAUUCGCUACUGGCAGCUUGUGUGACCUUCACCUUACCUUCGCCACCCUCCGCCCAGCUAUUGAUCAACUCCGGCCUUCGUCCAGUUCUGAGUCACAACCUUCGAGUGGCGAGAAAUACAAGACAUUGAUUCAAGAUAUCGAAUCCGGUCUCAUUCCUGAGUUGAUUGCUAUCUUUGACGGCACCGAGAAACAGUAUGCCAAGAAGAUAAAGAAGGACAAAACCCUAAAUGAGCCAGCUGAAGACGAAGAUCCUAUGGCUGAUGAUGAAGACGAAGAGGACGAGGAUGAAGACGAGGGUCUUUCUGAGGAAGAGCGUUUCACUGCCGAACUCAAGGCCGAAAAAGCCUUGUGCGAACUCACCGCAAAAUACGUCCUCGUGAUUACUGCUCGCCUGGUGGAUCAUAAGGGCUCACACGCAGGCAAGCUAAGGCGGCGUCUUCUUCGCAACCAAAACAAACUUGGCAAUAACUUCAAAGAAGUCGUUACCUACCUAGACGAAGAGAAGUUGGCCGAGCGGACAAGGAAAAAGGCUGCCCAUACACAGGCUCCGACAAGCACCAAACCUCAGAAGGCCCAGCUUAGCGAAGCCGUUGUAAUUGGAGAGGAUGACGAGGAUGACAUCUUUGAUGACACGCCGCCACCAGAGGAGGGCUCCAGAGAAGAUCUCCGCGCAAAGGGUCUUCUUGAGGAUGAUCCAAUCGAAGACGAUGACGAAAAUGAAGAUGAAGAAGCGGAACGACCAGCUCACGAAUCAGACGAUGAUGUUAUAGGUGAUUAG